ACACCUGUUCAGAUAAAGGAGUUUGGUGCAGUAAAUAAAAUCGACUUCUCCCCUGUUCCUCCAUAUAACUAUGCUGUCACAGCUUCCUCAAGGAUCCACAUUUAUGGUCGUUACUCUCAGGAACCAAUCAAAACAUUUUCUCGCUUCAAAGAUGCUGCUUAUUGUGCCACAUACAGAGAUGAUGGCAAUCUGCUUGUUGCUGGCAGCGAGGAAGGUAGCAUUCGCCUCUUUGACGUUAGUGGAAAAGCACCACUGAGACAAUUUGAUGGUCAUACCAAGGCUGUUCAUGUAGUGGGCUUCUUGUCUGAUAAAUACCGAAUAUUUUCUGGUGGUGAUGAUUAUUCAUCAAAUUUGUGGGAUAUUCCAAGUGCUACAGAAAUCGUCUCAUACAGUGAACAUACUGACUAUGUGAGAUGCGGCUGUGCAAGUAAAGUGAAUGCGGAUGUCUUUGUAACAGGUUCCUAUGAUCACACUGUCAAACUAUUUGAUGCACGAACAAAAAGUAGUGUCUUGACAAUAGAACAUGGCCAGCCUGUGGAGAGCGUGCUUCUGUUCCCUUCUGGUGGGCUUCUAGUAUCUGCAGGAGGUCGAUAUGUCAAAGUUUGGGAUGUACUAAAAGGCGGACAAUUACUAGUUUCACUUAAAAAUCACCAUAAAACUGUAACUUGUUUAUGCCUGAACAGCUCUGGACAAAGGUUAUUGUCAGGAUCCCUGGACAGGCAUGUGAAGAUCUACAGCACUACUUCCUACAAAGUAGUCCACAGCUUUAAUUACGCAACAUCCAUCCUCAGUCUUGCAUUGUCACCUGAAGAUGAAACCAUAGUCGUAGGCAUGACCAAUGGGGUACUAAAUGUUAAACACAGAAAACCUGAAGAAAGGAAGGAGAAGUCUCAAAAGAGGAGACAACCAGCAUAUAGAACCUAUGUGAAAGGAAGAACUUACAUGCCAAAACAGGAAGAUUUCUGUGUCAGUAAACCUGUAAAACGUGUUUUGAGGAAAUACGACAAGCUGCUGAAGAGCUUUCAGUCUUCCAAGGCCCUUGAUGCAGUACUGGAGCCACCCAUCAGACUUUAUACUCCUGAAGUUACGGUUGCAGUUAUGCAGGAGCUACAUCGCAGAGGAACACUGAGGAGUGCGCUUGCAGGCCGAGAUGAGAAGCAAAUUAAUCUCCUUCUUACCUUUGUGGCAAGGCGUGUGAUCGAGCCUAGAUUUACUCCUGUACUGGUGACUGUUGCAGAUAUGAUCACUGACAUUUAUCAGCCUGUGGUUGGGCAGUCAGCGAUUGUUGAUAGGCAAUUCUUGAGACUUCAGGAAGCCAUAGGAAAAGAGAUUGACUAUCAAGAGGAACUACUAGAAGUUUUGGGCAUGAUGGAUACACUGUUUGCUACUUUUACUAAGAAAAGAGCUACUUACCUAGAAGAGAACAAAAGUAAUGGUCUUACAGAGACCAUUGAAAUGAAUAUCAUUAACUGACUGACAGC